AGCUAUUUUGUUUUAUUGAGGUUUUUCCUUUCAUAAUCAUAUUUCCUUCUUUCCCCUCCAGGCCUCCACCACAACAAAAGAGUUCCCGUAAGGGCGGAGCUAAACUUGGAAUCUUCCUCCAUUUCUUCACAGUCCUUGCUCCUACCCACCCACGCACCCCAGUAUAUAUCGUGAUUACUGAGCGUAUGGAGAGUAGAAUCCCACCGGGAAGUUACUUCCAGUACUCUCCGUCUGGGGUUCAUGGUUCACUUCAAAGGUCUUCGUCUCUUACAGAUCGCGAAAGAUAUUUGGCAGAUUUACUGGCAGAGAGGAAAAAAUUAGCACCAUUCAUGCAGAUUCUCCCAGUUUGCAGCAGACUUCUAAAUCAAGAAAUCAUGCGAGUAUCAGGAUUGAUAUCUAAUAAGCUAAUAGAACUCGAAAGAAUGGGACAUGAUAAUCCGUAUAGGUCAUUGGGUCAACAGCCUAAUGGAGGACCAAUGAGUGUAAUGGCAUGGAAUGCCAUGCAAACUGAGGUGUGAUCUAUUUUAUCUAUUUUGGAGUUAAUUUGGCUAUGGACUAUGAAUUUUGAAUGGAGAGAUGG